AAACUAGAUCAAAUUUUGCGUUAGCCCAUGAAGUAUCGACUUUCCACGUUAUUACAAUUUACAAUUAAACGAACAUUCCUCAAUAUGGCCUAUCAUAAACCAGAAGCUAAAGUGGUCCAAGAACUAAAAGACAUCGCGAAUAAACUUCGAAUUCAGUCGAUCAUUGGUACGCAGGCUUCGAAAUCAGGUGUCCUUCAGUAGACAUUACGCUUUCAACUGUUGAAAAUGCCGGUUCAAGCUAGUUAUGAUUCCCCUGCGUUGCAGGAUAUCGCGAACAAGCUAAGAAUUCACUGUAUCGAGAGUACGAGUGCUUGUAAAUCUGGACACCCAACAUCAUGUUCAUCGAUAGCGGAAAUCAUCUCGGUUCUUUUCUUCAAUACAAUGCGUUACAAGCUCUCAGCUCCAAAAGAUCCAUCAAGCGAUAGAUUUGUCCUUUCGAAAGGUCAUGCAGCGCCGAUUUUAUAUGCAGCUUGGGCCGAAGCCGGGUUAUUUCCAGUGGAUGAAUUAAAAAAUUUGAGGAAACUUAACUCUGACCUUGAGGGUCAUCCAACUCCGAGAUUGAAUUUUAUUGAUGUAGGAACUGGGUCGUUAGGACAAGGAUUGGCGGUGGCCGCUGGAAUGGCUUAUGUUGGUAAAAACUACGAUAAAGCUAACUACAGGGUGUAUUGUUUGGUUGGAGAUGGCGAGGCUGCCGAAGGUUCGAUUUGGGAAUCGAUUCAUUUCGCGAGUCACUACAAUUUGGAUAAUCUUUGUUUGAUUAUUGAUGUUAACCGUUUGGGUCAAUCCGAAGAGACAUCAUUGGGUCAUAACAUGAAUACUUACAGUAAACGUUUGGAAGCGUUUGGUUUCAAUGCAAUUGUCGUGGAUGGACACGAUGUAGAUGAGCUUGUUAAAGCUUUCCACGUUGCUGCUACAACAAAAGAUAAACCAACUGCUAUUCUUGCAAAAACUUUUAAAGGAAAGAAUUUCCCCAACGUUGAAAAUCUUGAUAAUUGGCACGGAAAGCCAUUGGGUGAUCAAGCAGAACGAAUUAUUCAACAUUUAAAAACAUUAGUAAAAAAUCAAGGACCCACUAAAAUUCAUCAUCAAGAGCCAUUGAAAGAUGAUGCUCCAAUUGUUGAUAUCAGCAACAUUAAAUUAUCUUCCCCUCCUAAUUAUGAAUUGGGACAAUCAAUCGCUACAAGGAAUGCUUAUGGAACAGCAUUGGUAAAACUCGCACAAAGUAAUCCAAGAGUUAUCGCUUUGGAUGGUGACAUGAAAAACUCAACUUUUUCUGAGAAAUUAAAGAAAUUUGAUGCAUCAAGAUUCAUCGAAUGUUUUAUUGCCGAACAAAAUUUAGUUGGAGUCGCAAUAGGAGCUACUUGUCGCGACAGAACUGUAGCUUUCGUCUCCACCUUUGCUACAUUCCUAACUCGAGCUUUCGAUCAAAUUCGAAUGGGUGCUAUUUCGCAAAGUAACGUCAAUUUUGUUGGUUCUCAUUGCGGUGUUAGCAUUGGAGAAGACGGCCCCAGUCAAAUGGGGUUAGAAGAUUUAGCUAUGUUCCGAUCAAUUCCUGGAAGCACUGUUUUUUAUCCAGGUGAUGCAGUCGCUUGCGAAAGAGCCGUCGAAUUAGCUGCUAACACCAAAGGAAUCACUUUUAUUCGUACCAAUAGACCGAAUACGCCGAUUAUUUAUCAAAAUAAUGAAAUAUUCCAGAUUGGAAAAUCACACGUUGUUAAAUCAACACCCAACGAUCAACUUUUAAUAAUUGGAGGUGGAGUAACUUUAAUUGAAGCUUUAACAGCCGCUGAAGAACUUGCUAAAGUAAACGUUUUCGCUCGCGUUUUGGAUCCCUUCACCAUUAAACCCAUCGAUAAAGAGGGAAUCAUUAAAAACGCUUUAGAAGUUGGAGGUAGAAUCCUAACGGUUGAAGAUCAUUAUCCCGAAGGCGGCUUAGGAGAAGCCGUACUUUCAGCUGUCGCCGAACAACGCAACAUCGUCGUUAAAAAACUUGCCGUUCCUAGAGUUCCUAGAUCUGGACCACCCACUGCUCUCUUAGAUUAUUACGGAAUUUCAUCCAAACAUAUUGUCACAGCUGCCAACGAAUUAUUGAAACUUUAAUUUUUUAUAUUUUUUGCAUAAAAAUUUGCAUUUUAUUUUGAUUUUUUAUUAUACACAAUGUUAUUAAGAUGUGUUUACUUGAAUAAAUGUUGAUUCAAUCAAUAAAACAACUUUAAAAGUAUAA